GGUUUUGGAACCUGUCUGCCACUGCCUGCCUGCCUGCCUGCCUGCUCGCUCGCUCUUCUCUUACUUUGGUGGGAUUGAGCGGAAAGCGACGUCUGAAUCCGGAAAGUCAAAAAGAACGGGAACUCUCUUCACUCCGCUCCGUUUCUCCAGAAGGACCGAUUCAUUCAAGAUGAGUCGGUUCGCCGUCCUGCACACGGGCCAGAAGAUGCCGCUGCUGGGCCUGGGCACGUGGAAGAGCCCGCCGGGCAAGGUGAAAGAGGCGGUGCUGUCGGCCUUGGAGGCGGGCUACCGCCACAUCGACUGCGCCGCCGUCUACGGAAACGAGGCGGAGAUCGGACAAGCGUUCCGAGAGGCCUUCGACCGACCCGACGGCGUGCGACGCGAGGACGUCUUCGUCACUUCCAAACUGUGGAACACUCGUCACCACCCCAAGGACGUGGAGCCCGCCCUCCGGCGAACCCUGAGCGAUCUCCGGCUGGACUACGUCGACCUCUACCUUAUUCACUGGCCCUACGCUUUCCGGCGCGGCGAGGAGGCCUUCCCUCGGAGCGAGGACGGCUCGUUGCUCUACGAUCAAGUGGACUACGUGGCCACCUGGGGCGCCAUGGAGAAGCUGGUAAGCGCCGGGCUGGCGCGAGCCGUCGGACUCUCCAACUUCAACAGCCGCCAGCUGGACCGCGUCGUCCAGGCCGCCCGCUCCGUCAAGCCCGCCGUCCUACAGGUGGAGAGCCACCCGUACCUGGCGCAGACGGAGCUGCUGGCGCACUGCCGCUCGCGGGGCGUGGCCUUGACAGCCUACAGCCCGCUGGGCUCGCCCGACCGGGCCUGGAAGCGCCCCGACGAGCCCGCGCUUCUCGACGAGCCCCUGCUGGCCGCGCUGGCCGGCAAAUACGGAAAGUCGCCGGCGCAGAUCCUCCUCAGGUGGCAGACGCAGCGCGGCGUGGCGGCGAUUCCCAAGAGUGUCACCCCCUCGCGCAUCCGCGAAAACUUCCAAGUAUUUGACUUCAGCCUGUCGCCGGACGAGAUGAGCGACGUGACGGCGCUGGACAAAAAGUGGCGCUACAUCCUGCCCGUCGUCCAAGUAAGUCGAAUUUCCGGAGGAAACCGCCGCUCGGCUAAAAUCCGCCCUUUUCCCUUCUCCAAGGUGGACGGCCGCUUUGUUCCUCGGGACGCCGGCCACCCCGACUACCCCUUCGGCGACCCCUUCUGACCGCCGCCAGUUUUCCAAUAAACGGAUGACCGCG